CAGUGGAUAAUCGUCGAAAAACCUCUGCCGGUGUUUAUUUGGAAUAAACUACCAUAAACUUUUCAUUGGUUGAAAAGGAUUUCGUCAGUAUAUUUAUUUGAUAAAAAUGGUCGAUUACAGUAAAUGGAAAGAUAUUGAGAUUUCAGAUGAUGAAGAUGACACACAUCCCAAUAUUGACACUCCAUCCUUAUUUCGAUGGCGUCAUCAAGCUAGACUUGAAAGAAUGGAAGAGAGAGAGAAAGAGAAGCAAGAGCAUGAAAUGAAAAAGCAAGAAACUCUAAGAAAAUUAAAAGAAACUAAAGCAAAAGUUACUGAACUAGAGAGUAAAAAUAUUACUACUCCAGACUUGGACACUUUGAAAAAAGCAUUACAUGAGCUGGAAAAAGAAGAAGAAAGAAUCAAUAAUGAAGAAGAAGAUCUAAAAAAAAAAGAAAAGCUUACACCAUGGAACGUAGAUACAAUUGCCCAAGAAGGUUUCACUAAAACUGUUAUAAAUAAAAAACCACCUCGAAAAGAUGAUGACUCCUCAUUACCUGAUGAAGAAAAAGAAAGAAGAAUGAAACAGUUCGUUAAAAACAAUGAGAAAAAAUUAAAAGAAUAUGGAAUGUUAAGAAGAUACGAUGAUAGUAAACAGUUUUUACAAGCGAAUCCAAAUUUAGUUUGUGAAAAUACAGCAAAUUAUCUUGUAGUUUGGUGCAUAAACUUGGAAAUGGAAGAGAAACAUGACCUUAUGGAACACGUUGCACAUCAAUGCAUAUGCAUGCAAUAUAUUCUAGAACUUUCAAAGCAAUUAGAUGUUGAUCCAAGAGCUUGUAUUAGUUCAUUCUUUAGCCGUAUACAAAUUGCCGAAAUUGAAUACAAAAAUUCAUUUGAUGAUGAACUGAGAUUAUUUAAAGAGAGAAUUCGUAAAAGAGCAGCAGAGAAAAUUAAGGAAGCUAUGAAAGAAGUUGAAGAGGAAGAAAGAAAAGCUCGUUUAGGACCAGGAGGACUUGAUCCAGUUGAAGUUUUUGAAAGUCUUCCAGAGCCUUUACAAAAGUGUUUUGAAACACAAGAUAUUCCUCUACUCCAAGAAACAAUUGCAGCAAUGCCUGAAGAUGAAGCACGGUAUCAUAUGAAAAGAUGUGUUGAUAGUGGUCUUUGGGUACCAGAUGUUAAAUCCAAAGAAAAUGAUACAUCAGACAUAGUUGAAAAACCAUCAGAAACACCAGAUCCUGAAUAGCAUUCAUCAAGCUAAUACAAUAUUUCAAUGAUCAAUCAGCUUGUGUUUUUCAACUGCACAAAUGUUCACAAUCAAAUUUAACUACUCAUAUUAGCAAAUAUGAAGACUGAAAAAAAAACAGGUCUUGUGCAGAAAGCGUUUUGUGACUUCUUUUAUAAUAUCCAUAAAUUGUAAUUAAUGAUACUAUCCAAUUUUCAUUUUUUGCAUUUUACAGGUAUAUUUUUUAUCUUAUUACUAUUAAAAUUCUUAAACUAUAAGGCUUAAAACUGCGUUCUUAAAUUUUAACUCUUUAGUUGACUUCACAUUGUAAUAUUACAGAAAUAAGUACUUGAAAAGAAAAGGAUAUUUACAUUUGAUGCUUUAGGCAAUCAAGAAAGUUGAAAAAUCUUCAAAUACUCUUGAAGCUACCAUAAAUUGUACAUACAUAUACAAGAUAAUAUGUACCAGAUAAAGUAUGUCAAUUGUAAAUACGUUAUCAUCAUUUCUUGUAUUCUUUUAGUUCAUAUCAUAUCAGAUAUUAUAUUCUGUUGAAUCCAUCUAUUUUUCAUAGGAUCUUUCCGAAUGAAAAUAAAAACUU